AAGAUCGAAUCCCGGUAGUCACACGCGUUAAUCACACGUGCUUUCCACUGUGUAUAAUAAUAGGAGCAAAUCCUACCGCUUUUCGGCGGUUUAACUGCUAACCCUCGCCCGCCGUCUGUCUCUGACAUUGGGUUCUGUAGAUGAACCAAGCAUCGCAACUUGGCUUUAAGACUUUCAUCAAUCUUUCAGGCUUUGCAGCAGCUCCAAGGAGUUUGGGAGUUGGAAGAUUUUUCCCUUUGAGAGGCAAAGUAAUGGGGUCUAAGAGAAGAAGCUUUUCGACUUCAUCCUCCAUAGCUGACCAAAACAUUGAUAAGAAACCCAAAGGAGUAAUAGGCAACAAUAACCCUAUUUCUGAUAAGACUCUUCUCAAGGAUUUCAAGGAUGAUCCAGGAAAAAUAGAGGCAAUGACAGUUCAACAACUCAGAACUGCAUUGAGGAGUGCUGGUGUCCCUGCCAAAGGUUCAAAACGCGACCUUGUAUCUGCUUUACAGUGCUAUUUGGCCAAGGAAAUAGAUGGUGAAGGUUCUUUUUUAGCAGAUAAACAAGAUCCUUCCAAUUAUGAUGAAAGCAUAUCUACAAGGGUGGAGGCAGGAUCCAUAGAGGAUCAAGUCCAAGAUGUUAGCACUAUUUCUAAGGUUUCCAGGGUUCAGCGGAGCAGGAGGACAUUAAACCAAAUGCAAAUUAGGGGUGAAACUGUUGAAGUUGAUACUAAAAUUGUCACCAUAGAACAGAAGCAAUCUGUCAAAACUGGUCGUGCUUCAGGUAGGAAGCCUUCUCAGACAAAGAGGAGAGUAUCUUCAGAUGUUGAUAGCAAAGAUGUUAGUGCUGAAUAUGGAGUUACCCUUACAGUGAAUCAAAGCGAACCAUGGACCAUUUUUGCCCAUAAGAAGCCUCAGAAAGGGUGGAUAGCAUAUAAUCCUAGAAUUAUGAGACCUCCACCUCAUACGGGGAAUCCAAAGUUUGUCAAGGUUCUGUCUUGGAAUGUCAAUGGGCUUAGGGCAUUGCUGAAAUUUGGGGGAUUCUCUGCCCUGCAACUUGCUGAAAGGGAAAACUUUGAUGUAUUGUGUUUGCAGGAGACUAAACUGCAGGAGAAAGAUGUCGAGUCAAUCAAACAGUCUCUCAUAGAAGGAUAUGAGAAUAGCUUCUGGACAUGCAGUAAUUCAAAACUUGGUUAUUCUGGUACAUCAAUAAUAUCUCGGAUUAAGCCACUUUCAGUCAGAUAUGGCCUAGGCAAAUCAGAUCAUGAUAGUGAAGGACGAGUUGUGACAGCAGAAUUCGAUUCUUUUUAUUUGUUAAGCGUCUAUGUUCCUAAUUCUGGGGAUGGCUUGAGAAGGCUGACAUACAGGAUUACAGAAUGGGAUCCAGCUCUUAGCAAUUACAUAAAAGAACUGGAAAAGUCAAAGCCAGUCAUUUUGACAGGGGAUCUAAAUUGUGCACAUGAAGAGAUAGACAUUUAUGACCCUGCUGGAAACAAAAGAAGUGCUGGGUUUACAAUUGAAGAAAGGCAAUCUUUUGAUACAAACUUCUUAUCCAGGGGGUUUGUGGACACCUUUAGAAAGCAGCAUCCAGGUGUUGUGGGCUAUAGUUACUGGGGUUAUCGGCAUGGUGCGCGCAAAACUAACAAAGGGUGGAGGCUGGACUACUUCCUCGUUUCAGAAGCCAUAGCUGAUGAUGUUCAUGACUCGUACAUUCUCCCUGAUGUUAUGGGUAGUGAUCAUUGCCCUAUUGGCCUUAUACUCAAGGUCUAGUCUAGUCUGCCUCAGCAAAACUGGAUUAAUUGGUGUGUGGAUGGGAUAAGUGCAACAUUGUUGUCAACCUAAACCCAACUUGAAAGAAGUUUGAGGGUGUUGGGAGUUACAAAAUGGAAUUUCACUGAUGCAGUUGCUGCUGUGCUACUGAUGCAGCGGGAACCAAUUACACCUUAUGCCGUUGGCAUUGCUUUUGCAGAAAAUUGGAAGAGGGUGGAAACUCAAAAGGCAUUUGAACGUUAUGAGAUUGUAUUAAAAUGUAUGGCUUUUGGAGUUGGUACAAUCUUGUUUUGCAAGCGUUUUUGGCUGCCCACUCUCAUAUGUAACGAACACUUGUGUGUGCAGUAAUAUUGAUUAUACUUAUGAAA